AUGACCGAUAGAUUUCGCCGCAACGGCCAGCCUUCCUCAUGCGAGCCUUGUCGACGAUCAAAGCUUCGUUGUGAUCAUGCAAGACCACAUUGUACUCGCUGUGUACGCCGCAACAUUUCACGAAAGUGCUAUUACCAUCCAUCGCCGAUGACACAAGGAGCAGAAUCUUAUGCUGUCACGUUGCUCACCCCGCAAAGCACGAGACCUAAUGACACCGCGGCCACUUCGUCAGCUUUCACGCCAUUCACACCAUCCGAGAACUCGUCAGCGGAAAACUAUGACUAUGGUCGGGGUACUGGGCUGGUAAACAUGCAUAAUUCUUUAAUGCCGCUUGCAGACUUGAAUGGCAGACAGCCGCUCCGCCAAUUCGCAUAUUUAACUCGAACAGGCAUAUUUACACCUAUGCAAGCAUAUCCGCUGACACCAGCUUCCAUUUUGGAGGGCGUGGAAGUCCUACGAUCUCUUCUCGAGUUCUAUGCGGAUUUAAAUGGCCAUGCUCAACGACUGUACGAAAACGAAGCAGUUGAUCUAUGCGGCUCAAUUAUUCUCAAUGCAGCCUGGCGAGCGACACAUACAACCUUACAAUGCUUAGGCAGCAGGCCAUCUGUAGCCGAAUUAGCAAGUACAGCUACCGCAAUAUUUGAACAGACGGCAAGCCCAUUCAAACUGCCCAGCUCAGCGGCAAAUGGUGCUAUAGAACUAGCGCUGUCUGGACCUCGCUUGCGUUGGGAAACGAUUGGUUUAUGCUUCACCCAAAUAGGACCAUUUAUCGCAACCAUGAGAAGUAAUAGCCAAGCCUGCUUUGCUCGCGGGCAGUCGAAUUUUGACCGCCACAAGGCUAUGAUUAUGGCAUUUGACGCUUGCAUGAAAUGUCGGGCAUUCUGUGAUCAAGUUGAACAGACAAACGACUUGACAUUGUGGCUUUUAGUAUCGGUAUCCGCUCUUGCGAGUUGGUGCUUUGGGGAUGAUUCCUCGCGUGCAUGGUGCUUAGUAGGUGAUUUAUCCUCAGCCAUAGCUGCUCUUGGAUUCCAUAAGGGGUUCGAGUCUGAGAAAACAACCCCUCCAUAUUUAGUUGAACUUCGCAAAAGAGUCAUGGCUCUUGCCCACCAGCGUGACAAGGAGCUGGCAACUUUUGUUGGUCGCCCGCCUCGUCUUAGUCGACUAUACUAUACGAUGGAUCUACCACUUGACUUGCCUGAUAAGAUUAUCAUCGGCUCUGUGGAGCAGUUCGAAUCUGCCAAAGCCACGCUUGACCAGAACGGCUGGAGUAGAAACAUCAUGGUGAAUCCAGUUUCCCGUCUUCGGGCUGUUGUACUACUAAGCAUGAUCCGUGAAGAGGUGUUAGAGCUAUCACUUGGUCCACAAAUACCAAGUAUCGCUCAACAAGCUAGAGAAAUAUUAUCCAAACUGACCUCUACUUGGGAAUCAAUUCCUCAUGUAGAAUACGAACAGUCAAUGUGUGAAAGUAUGCUACCAAGUGCUAUCUGGGUUAUUCUAGGCCCUCGACUCGACUACCUUUAUACAAAAUUUCUUCUUCACAAGUUGCUCAUCACUCACAAUGAAGGAAACCGUGAGAAGAUGAUCCACACAUCGCAUGAUAUUCUCCAUUUAGCACUGUCUCUUAUGAAGAAGCAUGAUUUGAUAGCUACACCAAACCUGGAGUGGUUGAUGGUGUUCUACGCAAUGCCAUGCGCCAGCAUGCUCAUUUUGGAACUAUUUCGACAGAACCGACAAUCUCAGCGGACUAUGGCCCUUAAUCGGUCGACUUUGAUUCAGGAUAUAAGCGUGCUCAUCUCGUGCUGUGACUCGUUAGCUAUAUCCGGCCAGAGUAACUAUCAGAUCUGCAAGCAAGCCCAGGCGGUUUUUUCGCGAUGUCUUGAUCAAAUAUUGAAUCCAGUUGAGCUACUUUCACAUGGCUUCACGAGCCAGGCCGAAAGACAAGAGGCACGGGAGCCUUUCUCUUUGGGUCCGAUGGACUUGGGCCUGACAGAGUUGUAUCCUCAAAAUCUGGAAUGGUCUGCUUGGCUCGAGUCUUUCGACUUAUAUGGGGGAUGA